GUCAAACUUGAUCUUCUUCAAGUCUUGGAUCUUCCUUUAUUGCUUUACUGUGGAUGGUAGUUGAUAGAUGGGGUUUAAUAAAUGCUUGUUAGAGCUGAUAGAUUGCUAGUUAAAACGCGUGUGAUCAAUGGUUGGUUUAGUUUAACUUUAGGAUUGUGUGCAAUGUAAUAAAUAUGGUAGAUUCAUGUCAACUCAUCUUAACUCAACUCAAAUCCAAGAGUUGUGUGUGAUCAAUGCUUCCUUCUCUUCUCUUCUAUUAAACCCGGAUCUUCUUCUUUCUCUCUUCUCCACAUUUCUUCUUCUUCUUCACAUAACUUCUUCUUUCUCGCUUCUUUCAGACUACUUCCUAUUUUUCUCUUCUUUAGGAUAUGGAUCCUACAAAUCCAUAUACUCAUUACAACUCGAGCUUUGUUGAUCUUUUGAGCAGUCAACAAGACCCGUUUUGUUCUGAGGGUUUAUCACAGCCCCCUGCAACUUCAACCUUUGGUGAUGACACACCUACCGAGCGCAAAGAAAGGAAGAAAUGGACUCCCACAGAGGACGUAGUGCUCAUAAGCUCAUGGUUGAAUACAAGCAAGGAUCCUGUGGUUGGCAAUGAGCAAAAGGCGGGAGCAUUCUGGAAACGGAUAGCAGCUUACUAUGCAGCCUCACCAAAGGUCGCAAACAGUGAAAAGCGAGAGGCUAUUCAGUGUAAGCAAAGGUGGCAGAAGAUUAACGACCUUGUUUCCAAGUUUUGUGGCUCAUAUGAGGCGGCAACAAGACAAAAAACAAGUGGGCAGAACGACGGUGAUGUUGUUAAGCUUGCCCACGAAAUCUUUUAUAACGAUCACAAGAUCAAAUUCAACCUUCACCACGCUUGGGAGGAGUUGCGCAACGACCAGAAAUGGUGUGAACUUGCAACUUCUAAGCUUGAUGGUAGCUCUAAAAAGAGAAGGUGUGAGGAUGGUGCACAAUCUGAAAGCUCGCACGGAACUAUCAAUCUAGAUGAUCCACCAACCAAACGACCUGUUGGUGUUAAGGCAGCUAAAGGAGGAAGUAGUAAGAGAAGUAUGGAGGAUGGCAAGGGUUUCACCGCAUUUCAAAACAUGUGGGCUCUGAAAGACAAAGACUUGGAACGCAAGGAAAAACUGAAACGGAUGUGUCUGAUAGACAGACUCCUUGCGAAAACAGAGCCAUUAUCUGAAGAAGAAGAAGCUCUAAAGAAGAAGUUGAUCAGAGAGAUGUUGGCUACUCAGCUCUAAACGCGUCUUUACCUUUCUUUGUCUCGUUCUUAGUGUACCAUAUUCUGUUUCUUGUUCUAUGUUUCAGGUUCUUGGUCUUGGUCGAAACUACUUUUAAGUUUCUUGUGCUUGUUCUGUAUCUUCAAUUUCUUGUUUAUGUAUCGUCUGUGAUGAUGUUGUUUAAUGGAUUUAAGUUUUAAUGGAA